GUAAACUAGCUUGUUCACGUUUUUUUUUAUCUGAAUUUGAUCUGUUAUGUGCAGUGAGAUAUACAUGAUAUAAACUAUUAUUAAAUAAAUAAAUUAACCGAUAUGUUUGGUCGUGUUUUCAAUAUUCAGGUUUAAGGUCAGUUACCCCCCACCACCCCUCUCUCUCUCUAUUCUGUCUACGUCUCUCUCCCGCUGCCGAUCAGCGCCUGCUGCUGCUGUCUCUUUACGUUCCUCCUGAUCUCAGUAAACGGUGAAACUCCACAGAGUAACUAGCCUGCAGCCUCAGCCAGACAAACUCGGGUAUAUUCCAACUUAAGCGCCAGUUGUGAGUGUGUCUGAGCGAUUACUGCUUUCUUAGCACACCAAAUUAGUCCACAGUGAGUCAAACGGCAGCGGUCGGAACUUGAAAUAUGACGAUAAGCAAAAUGGGAGGAAAGUCGUUGCUAGCUUGCUGAAGUUGGAGGUUCUCCUUGUGGAAGAGGUGGCGGCGGACACCACGAGUUCACUCUCACAAUAAAAGGAGUGAGCCCAGCCUUCCAACAUACCUCCUCCUUUUCAUUGGGCUAAGAUGAGUAUUACCAGUGACGAAGUGAACUUCUUGGUCUACAGAUACCUCCAAGAAUCAGGUUUCUCCCACUCAGCAUUCACCUUUGGCAUCGAGAGCCACAUCAGCCAGUCUAACAUCAAUGGAACACUAGUGCCCCCUGCAGCUCUCAUCUCCAUCCUGCAGAAAGGGCUUCAGUAUGUGGAGGCAGAAAUCAGCAUCAAUGAGGAUGGUACAGUCUUCGAUGGUCGGCCAAUCGAGUCACUGUCGCUCAUUGACGCAGUGAUGCCAGAUGUGGUGCAGACGCGGCAGCAGGCCUUUCGCGACAAGUUGGCCCAGCAGCAGGCAGCCGGUGCCAUGGCAGCUUCAACCUCUGGAAACCAGUCCAACGCACCAAAGAAUGGAGAAGCCACUGUCAAUGGGGAGGAAAAUGGCACUCACAACAUGAAUAACCACAGUGAGCCCAUGGAGAUGGAUGUAGAUGUGGAGAUACCAGCCAGUAAAGCCACAGUGCUCCGAGGCCAUGAGUCUGAAGUGUUCAUCUGUGCCUGGAACCCUGUCAGCGAUCUGCUGGCCUCGGGCUCGGGGGAUUCCACCGCCAGGAUCUGGAACCUGAACGAGAAUAAUAACUCCAACUCCACCCAGCUGGUGCUGCGCCACUGUAUCCGAGAAGGCGGCCAGGAUGUCCCCAGCAACAAAGACGUCACCUCACUAGACUGGAAUAGCGAUGGGACUCUUCUGGCAACGGGCUCGUAUGAUGGGUUUGCCAGGAUAUGGACAAAGGAUGGAAAUCUGGCAAGCACCUUGGGACAGCACAAAGGGCCCAUAUUUGCACUCAAGUGGAACAAGAAGGGGAACUCUAUUCUCAGUGCUGGUGUAGAUAAGACGACAAUCAUUUGGGACGCACACACAGGAGAAGCCAAGCAGCAGUUCCCCUUUCACUCAGCCCCAGCACUGGAUGUCGACUGGCAGAACAACACCACCUUUGCCUCCUGCAGCACAGACAUGUGCAUCCACGUAUGUCGCCUUGGCAGCGACCGGCCCCUCAAGACCUUCCAGGGCCACACGAAUGAAGUUAACGCCAUUAAGUGGGAUCCAUCAGGUAUGCUGCUUGCCUCCUGCUCAGAUGACAUGACCUUAAAAAUAUGGAGUAUGAAGCAGGAGUCCUGUGUCCACGACCUCCAGGCUCACAGUAAAGAGAUCUACACUAUCAAAUGGAGCCCCACGGGUCCCGGAACCGGCAACCCCAACUCCAACAUCAUGCUCGCCAGCGCCUCUUUCGACUCCACAGUACGCCUGUGGGAUGUUGAGCGAGGGGUUUGUAUUCACACGCUGACCAAGCACCAGGAACCCGUCUACAGCGUGGCGUUCAGCCCCGACGGCAAGCACCUGGCCAGCGGCUCCUUCGAUAAGUGUGUCCACAUAUGGAACACCAUGACCGGAGCAUUGGUGCACAGCUACAGGGGUACUGGUGGUAUUUUCGAGGUGUGCUGGAACAGCACUGGGGACAAAGUUGGUGCGAGCGCUUCAGACGGAUCGGUAUGUGUUCUUGAUCUCCGAAAAUAGCUGACUUGAGACUUUGACGAGGAGUCCUGGAAUGUGCAGCAAAUUGCCUUCUUCUGACAGCAGCAAACACACACUCAUUGCGCGAGAAGAGCUGUAAGGUGGAGCGAAACAAAACCCCUCACAGGAGCCAACGCCAACUGACUUCAGUGCACCUUACUGUUUGUUGACGGGUUUUUUAUAAUACGCCUAUUGGAAACAUAAUGGAAGCCAUUUAAGAGAUCCCCAAGAAUGGACUGAAUCCAACUCCCUGGGUGCAUCCGUGUUGUAAAAGGUUUCUAAUGAGAAAGUGCCGGGCCCCCCCCCCCACCCCCACCCCCGGGCCACUGGUCCAGCUGUUAUUGGGUUGUAAGGGUGGAAACACAAAGAUGAGUUUUAUAUAAAGAGAAACGUGUUAACGAGACACGUGUUUGGCUGUGAAGGGCAACAAAUUAUGAAAGAGAGGUUGUAGGUUUUUUUUUUUUUUUUUUUAAGAAUUCCUCUGAGCAAAUGUUACGUCAUGUCCAAAUGAACUAACUGGGGACGUGAUAAAAGUAACAUCAAUACUGAAGCACUGGUAUUGUCUGUUGACAGGGUGCUUAGCUUCUUCCCAGUGGAGAAUAGUUUGUUUCAAGAGUACUUCUUGCUUCUUUUCUUCUUUUUUUUUUUUUCUUCCACAGAUGGACUUUUGAAAGUCAAAAUUGAAUGUGCCGCUACAAGGCAGUUCUUAGCUCACGUUUAACAUCAGGUCAACAAAAGGAAAACCUGCCAAGCAACAGUCCUAACCUCCUAAAAUGACCUACCCAAUUCACUCGAGGUUAGAUAAUGUCAUUUUACGGUCAAGAUGUGAAAAGUGUGGUUUACAAAGAGUUUUCCCUUUUUUUUGGAUGUAAAUUUCAGAAUGUAAAGAUAUGUAAAUUAGAUUAAUACACAGACUUAUAUACUGUGUAUAUAUGUUUAUAUACAGUACACUUUAAUUAAUGGCUAGCGCUGUCACAUCUUUGCUGAUAAUACGUGACCAGACCUCUUUUUAAAUGAAGUGCAUGUGUCAUCAGCUUCUUUUUAUACAGUCUUUUUCAACUGGGCAAAUCAUAUCCAAUUCAUCGAGUCGAUUCUUUUUUCAGUGAAUCACAAAUGGCGUUGACACAGAUAUGUUAAGCAGCUUUGCUUUUCCACUAUUAACCCCUGAAAGCCAUGGAAGAAAUGAGAACCUCAUUACCGGCAUUCAGGGAAUUAUCUGGUCAACAAUAUGGGAGAGAACAGUCAUCACAGUCUCCUGCCUGGCUUCUGCCAAAACGUUGCGUUGUAGGUGGAACAGGACAUCACAGAAUCAAUAAUGUUAAGAGUAUCAUGCAGACCUGAGCAGGGAAAGCAACUACAGCUUAUUUAGCAUUAGCAUGGUUUCUCUUUGGCACUUUUCUCUGAACAGUCUUUUGACCAGAAGGUGGAGGUCAAGGAAAAGUCCUGCUGUUGCUUUAAAAAAAAAGAGCUAUGUUGGUCUUGUUUAGUCCCGCGUUGUGGGCUGAGCUUCAUCAGCGUGCUGUAAGAGUGGCUCCAUCUGCUUACUGGGAUCUCAUAGAAAAGACUCUUCAAACUAACUUGCCACCGCUUUGAUUAGCCUUGUUUUCUGGUCCCUUUUAGUCAACGUCUGCUUGAGCAAUGUGAAGUGCACUUUUUGUAAUGGUGGGUACAGCAAAUGUUCAGAUUUUGCUGAAAGUUGAUGGGCCAAUGUUUUUUCCUCUUUUUUUUAAUGUCACAAUUGGAUGUUAAUAGGUGGUUCAUUGUUUUCUUACUUUUUCAUUUGCGGAGAGCCAUUAUUGUCUGUGUCAGACUGAGAAUUGGGCUGUGGGUUGGUGGCCGUUCUUGGCAUGCUUAGGAGCCCGGUAAGGAAUAUGUGCUGUGACAGCUAAUAUCUCUCUCGCACCCCAGUCCAGGGUGCAGUCACCUGUUUCCAAGACAAAACUUUAAAGUCAUUCAGUGUCUCAAAUAAAUCACUCUAUUUUGAUAUCAGAAACCAUGGAGCCUGCGUCUCUUGAAUUGUGUUUUUCUUAGCUCAGGAGUAUUUUGUUAGUCACUCAAAAGACAAUAACAAACUGCCACCAACAAAACCUUACGAAAUAUUUUGGAAAUUUAAUAUAAUAUAAAAUAGAUGUGUGCAAAAAUACAAGAUGGACAACUGGAAAUGCAGUAACUUAUAAAAACCAACAAAAAAAAACCACUAAUUGGCUUAUUACAUUUUGUUGUGCAUUUGAGAACUUAAUGUCAAUAGAGCACAUCUAAUUCAGUGAAUUUUCCAGGAGAAAUAUUUCCUCAAGCACUUAAGGCACUUUUAAAGGUCAGCAAGUUAUUAACCAAAAAAUGUUCAUGUUUGUUUUGUUGACUGACUGCUGUAAGAGACAGUGAAGUAGAUUUGAACUCUUCAGCUGCUGUACUGUCAAUGGGUUUGAAUGUUACACUGUACUGUACUGCAGACAGAUUUAAAAAGCUUAGGAAGGAAUAAAAGGCUUAGAAUCAA